UCAUGAGGGAGUACCACGUCGGUGAUGUAUAGAGGCACGUCCGUUAAGAGGAGAGUUAGCGAGGAUGGGAAACGUUUGACAGCUCUGAUCGUCAGUGAUAAUGCUGUUCCCCAUUGAUGUUAGUCUUAAGUGAAUCAGUUUCAUUCGUUGAUCGUGCAGAGGCUCCUAUUCUUUCGUAUUCUUGAAUCAGGCAGAGUCAGGAACGAAUCCGAUGUGUUCUCGUUCUUCGACCAGUUAGAAGGGUGGAAAGUGGAGUGGAUGCAGUAAAAGGGGAGGCUUGGCGUUAAUGCUCGAAAAUGUAGCCGCAUUAACGUUGAGAACGAAGGCGUUUUGUUAUCGAGGACGAUUCUACAGCUGCGAGAUAUUCGCGAAUGCUCUCGAUUUAUCUAAUUCGUUAAGGAGGGAGGUGGUGGUGGUGGCCAGGAUGUUGAUCGAGGACGGAGGAAGGAGAAGAGAAGCGACGACGGAAAGAACGCGUGCGUGUUUGAAACACAGAAAAGGAUGCGGCAACGCGUUAUCAACUUGUUUCGUGAUUUUCCUGAUUGCGUUGAUGAUAACCAGCGAGUUCAGCGAUGCGAAGCAAUUAGAAAAGCGAAUUUUACAACGAGGAUGCAAGUUGGAAGGCUUGCAUCCACUUCUCAUCGUUACUUACAAAAAUAUCACCGUAUCAGUAGACAAAAUUACGGUACCUCAUGGAGAACGUGUUAUGGUGAGGUGUCGUGAGCUUGGCAAGUACAAGCUCAUCGGUGAUCCAUCGUUACAUUGUCGUAAUGCAACGUGGAACGGGAAGUUGCCGUCUUGCGUACCUACAACGGCUAUUUCCAAUUACACCGGAGAUCCAGAAGACGUUCCACCGACGAUCGUCUUUGGAUUGCCAGCAGGUUCAGCGGCAAUCGAGCCGACGGGUACGCUUGCAGUAUUUCCAGGAAGCAUUCUUCAUUUGGAGUGUCUUUUUGCUAGAAGAUUAGGUAAUCCAGAAUGGACGUGGACGUCGACGUUUCGUCAAUAUUUAACGGGCUGGGCGAUCGCUGCGAAGGAGAGAGACUGGAAGUAUCGACUGUCGAUAUAUUAUGCCAAAGUGCAGGAUUCAGGAGUAUACACGUGUUCGACUCCACGAGGCCUAGCAAAUUCUAUAAGAGUUCACGUCGUCGACGUUCAGUGUCCAGUAAUAAAUUUACCAGAGGGACCGCUGGUUGGUAAGAUCGAAGGCGCUCGGAUGGGUCACAGUGCUAAUUUCGAAUGUCCCCUGGGAUAUAGAUUGGAAGGUGCCUCGAUGAUAACGUGCCAGUAUAACGGAAUGUGGUCAGGAGAUAUACCACGUUGCGAGGCAAUAACGUGUCCACCGAUAGAUCUUCCCAGUGAUACGUGGUUACAGCUACUAGAGCACAACAAUAGUUUCGGUGGCAGGGCUGUAUUCGCUUGUAUGUGGGGUCACAAAUUAUUAGGAUCUCAGAGCAUCAAGUGCGAAGGGGAUGGCACGUGGAACGGAUCCAUGCCGACUUGUUUCGAGAUCACGUGUCCGUCGCCAUCUUUACCGCGAAGCGGUCGAAUCGUCGAUCAAAUGUUGCAAUCUACUCGUAGAAAACACCAUCGUAAUCGCAUCUAUAAGGUCGGCGCUCUCGUUAAAUUUGCCUGUUUACCGGGACAUCAACUGAUAGGAGAAGCAUCUGUAAUUUGCACCGAAAAUGGCACGUGGUCGCAUCAAUCGCCAGUUUGUAAAGUAAGAUGUCCAUAUCCUGGCGAUCCUCCGCACGGUCGGAUUUCACCGCUGAAAUUUUGGUAUACACCAGGUGAUAAUAUACAAGUGACAUGUUCUCCUGGCUAUGUUACACCUUUGGAACCUGUCAGAAAGCCAACUUGUCGAGAGAAUGGAAUAUGGAGUGCGCCACCACCACCAUGUCGUUCUUACAAAGAUGUUUGAUCGAUACGUGCGUUGGAUUUAUCUACGAUCGAUUGAAAAAAGUCGCCCUGAUUUUCAUACGAAAGUAAUCGCUUAUCUGCACCGGUCGUAACUCAAAUCCAUCCUUAUGGAUUAACAUUUAGAAGCGUCCGACAUAAAGCGACGCGUUAAUAAAUAUAAAACGAGAUGUACAACGAAGGGUACAUUUUUCUUUUCUCUACGUUUAUCAUUUUAUUUCCCUCGAUUUAUUAAUUCCAUUUGAUUUUGUGAGGGAUACCACAAAUUAAAUAGAGGAACAUAUUUGUCAAUCGCACAAAUAUAGACAAGUCGUUGAGACCCUCAAUAAGAUUUAACUACUCUGACACUUUUCUUUUUAUAUCUAUAUGUAAUAAAGUGUCCGUUAUUCUUUAAGAA